CUUCGACGCUUUCUCUCCUCCUCAUCACCACCGCCCGCCCGCAACCCCCAAGGGCGCCUCUUCCCCAUUAGCAUGCACAAGAUCUCCAACUUUACGGGUCAGGCCCGGCACGGCUGGGAGAAGAUGACGCCGUCGGCCGGCUUUCCGUUCUCGCGGUCGAACCACGAGAUGCCCGUCACAGCUCCGAUCAAGCGCCCGAGCACCGCGACCUCCGCGCCCCCCGUCAUCCCGCCGGGCACCCAGGUCAACCUCAGCUUCAACGUGCCCUUCAGCAGCAACCUCGCCGGGCCCGACCCCGACGACGUCAUGUGGGCCAGCCCGGGAGCAAAGGCGCGCUGGGCCAUGCCGGAAGGGACGGCAGAGGGCACGCCGACGCACAAGCUGCCCGUCCACGCCCAGAACGUUGACAACCUGCGCGCCCUGUGCCGCGACGUCGGCGAGCAGACCGAGGGACGCGUCUCGGCCACGGUCGUGUCUGCCGAGUCGAAGCCGCUGCCGGGCCUGCAGCGGGGGCCGCUGCGGGCCCUCGUCACCAACGUGUGUCUGUCAGGCGAGCUUGAGAUUGUCAACUCGAUGCGGUGCAAGAUUCUCAACUCGACCCCCAUCUCUCUGCGCUCGUCGUUCGUCGACAUCGACUCGGACCUCAUCAUCGACCGCCCCACCCAGAACAUCAAGGGCGCCGUGCUGAACCAGCUGGACCUCAUUUCCAAGACCACCAAGGCCGACAUCUUCCUGCUGAUGCCCAAGACGCCCGACAUCGAGUCGGCCAGCUUCAACGGCAACCUCGAUUCGACCAUGGACCCGCGUCUGCGUUGCGCCAUCUACGGCGACCUGGAAACCAUGGAGCACGCCAAGACGCGUGUGUUGAUCAUGAUCGACCAGAUACUGAAGCGAUACGUCGAUACCAUGAAGCUCGAGUUGACGAUGCAUACCUUGAUUUGCGGCCGCGGACGCAAGAACAUCAAGAUCAUCGAAUCGGCGACCGGAACCGCCAUCUACUUCCCGCCACCUUUCCCGCGACUGUUUGGAUACACGCCCCCGGGCGCGCAGCGAAGACCAGACGAUUUGGUCUACAUCACAGGCGAGAAUUCGGAGUGUAUUCUGCGUGCCAAGCAACGAUUGCAUGAUCUUGUCAUGUCUACCAAGGUCUUCGUGAAGCCCGUGAUGGUAACUGACACCAAGCUUGAUGCCAUUCUCCUCGAGCGCCUCGACAAAGUGCGCAAGAUCAUCGAGAAUAACGGAUCCUACAUCUUGCUCCCACCACUUGGUGUCCAGCGUGGCGUUGUUCGCGUCCAAGGCACCGAUGUCCUGCACGUCGAGCGCACAGUCCGCGAACUGAUGGCGCUUGCUGGACAGUUCUACAGUGCUUCGUGGUUCAUUACCCACCCUGACCCCACACAGCGUCCACCCACCGCAGCUGACGUGCGCGCCAUGCUUUCCGACAUUUGCAUCAACUCCGGUGCUGAGGUCAGCUUCGAAAAGCUCAACUUCCACAUUUAUGGAUCUGAUGAUGCUGUGAGAGCUGCUUUGAUGGUGAUUAGCAACAUCCCAUUCGUGAAGAAGUCCCAGUACAACAUGAGUGUUAAGAUUGAGCUUGCCAAUGAGCACAAAGAAUUCGUCAGCGGUAAGAAGAACGGCAAGAUCAACAAAAUCAUGAGCCACAGCAGCGUGCAAAUUGUGUUCGACGGCUUCAAUGAGUACAACUUCUACAUCGUAGUACGUGGUGCGCAGUACGAUGCAACCAAGAACGGCCUCGACCUUGUCGAACAGGAGAUGCCUGCCGCCAUCUCCUUCCAUGUGCCGGACCAGUACCACAAGCGCAUUAUCGGCAUUGGCGGCCAGCACAUCCAGCGGAUCAUGAAGAAAUACUCUGUCUUCGUCAAGUUUUCCAACGCCAUGGACCGUGGAGGCUUCGGCAAGGAGGAAGACGAUAUCAAGGUCGACAACGUCAUCUGCCGUACGCCUGCUCGCAACGCUCAGAACCUGGACCUCGUGAAGCAGGAGAUCAUGGACAUGGUCGAGAAGGCUGACGCUGAGUUCGUCUCCGAGACGAUCAACAUCAACCGUCUGUACCAUCGCGAGCUCAUUGCUCGCUUGGACAAGAUUGACGAGCUUGAAAAGAAGUUCAACUGCAAGAUCACCUUCCCUAGCACCGAGGAAGCGAGUGAUACUGUCACCGUCUCUGGCCCUGAGUAUCAGGUGCCGUUGGCAGUUGACGAGUUCUUGGGUAUGGUUCCCGAAGCUCACGAGCUCUCCUUCCCGUCCUCUGCCGAGCUUUCUGAGCACAUGCGCUCUGCUGAUUUCAAGACUGAGGUCUUGGAUAAACUUGAGACUCAGCACGUUGUUGACGCCCGUCUCAAGGAUCCCACUACCGAGACAGUGGAGGACAAGGAGCAAACGAUUGAGACACUCCAUCUCAACUUUACCCGCAACAACGCUGGUGGAUUGAAAGAUGCACUUGACUUCUUGAUCAACCACCUCGUCAUGCAUGGACUGGACGCCAACACCAUCAGCGGCAAUCUCCCGCGUCCCAAGUCCGACUCCUUCGAAGAUUCGCUGCCUUUCUUCGAGUCCAAGCUGCUCCAACGAGCUGAGCCGCCCGUCGAGAGCACCGACUCCCCGACCCGCUCCCAUUUCGGUGACGAGGACACUUCGCGUCCUCCUGGCAUGCUUGAUCGCCUCCGCAAACCAGGCAGCAUGUCAUCAUUCACGUCCAUCUUUAAUGGACGUAAGAACACCAACUCUCCGGGAUCUCUGUUCAAGCAUGCCUCGAGCAAUGCUUCCAAGGCUUCGCUUGCCAGUCUCGAGUCCACCGGUAGCUACCGCAACCCCUGGAACGACAGCGGCAUCAACCUUGCCGACGACGAGCAUCACACCAAUGGCUGGCCCCAACCCAUGCCAACCCCCCGUUACGAAUCCAAGUUUCCUUUUGGUUCUUCUUCCGCGGCACCUGGAGACGUCACUCCCCGGUACGACCCGCGGGGCUCCGUGGACAGCGGUCGCCCCAGUACUUCUCAUUCUGCAUCUGGAUACCCGGCCCCUAUUGGGCCUCCUCGUUAAAUGAUACACCAUUUCGACCACUCUAUCUGAUAUUCUGCGCCGGCCAUACCUUUACGAAGAAUACCCCGUCCAGCUCACGCGUUUGUACCGGUGCACACGCGUCUCGCGAAACGACAAAAGAAUUAUACCCCUCUCUAUACUGGCGAAUCAAGUGUAAAAGCAACUUACUGCUUUAGGCUGGUGUUGAAGUGCUGCGCAUGAUAUCAUUGCUAUCGUUUUGUAGUUUGCUUUUGUUGUUUUUGUAAUUUGGCGCUUGUGGUACUUGAGAUGAUUCCCCCUCGGCGCAAAAGAAUAUAUACCAAUUUGCUGCUCAA